UAGGAAUGUUCUUGAUAGCACUCAGCAAGACAACACGUGGCGAAUCAGAGGCCAUCCCUCUCCAACACAAAACGCACCCAAUACUGGAAAUAGACUGGAACGAAGGCACUAGCAUUCCAGAGACUUUACUGGAACGCGAUGAUUUCAAAUUGAAUCCGCCUGGAGCGAAUCGAACCAUUCACAUUGGUCUUGAAGAAGUGGAUGAGAAUUUACAUGCACCAAGUGAUGAAAAUAUAACUACUCAAAUUCCCUUCCUGACGACAUCGGAGACCAGUGCUUCAAUAGAGCACCUCGAUGCGCCUCCUACGUCGUCCGAUGAAGAGACUACAGAAGAGAGCAGAGAUAACAUAUUGGAUCUAUUCUCUGUAGAAGAAGAGGACAAUUUUUUUAUUCCGUUCAACCCAAAGGACCAGGAAGUCCAGUUUUUUCAGUCGGCUAAAAAAGGCAAAACGAAGAGAAAACCUGAGGUUGUGGAAAUGAAUGGCAUCAUUACCAGCAGAGCUAAAGUGUCUCUGGACAGCACCCUGUCCAAUGACAAUACUGAGCUGCAAGAAGAUCUUACUUCUGCAAGUUCUGAUCCAAACCGUAAUAAAACCAGUCACUUGGAGAAGCAUGACCAACAAGAUUUUGGUUCUGAAAGUUCUGAUCAGCACUAUAAUGCAACCAACAACUCGGAAAAGAAUGGCCAACAAGAAGUCACCCUAGAUAAGGAGCAUAUUGAUUUCAAAGUGUUCUCUGAAGGAUCAGAAAAAGUCCCGAAGGCUCUAGGAGAUACGACCACAAGUCAGAAAAACCUCAAAGAUUCUCAGUCAACGCAAAUGAGUGAACUUCUAAAUUCUAAUACCAAAACUAAUGAUGAUCGAGAAAAGGUUCAGUUAGAUUCUCAGUCACAUGCUGAUGUUUCAGAGGGACAUUCAGAAAAUGCGUCAUUCUCGGGCAACUAUUCUGUAACAGAGGAAGUCCUUGAACUCAAACACUUAGAUGAUAAUCAUAAGCUUCCCAGUGCCUCGGAUGAAUACAAAUCUGACCACAACUAUAAUCUAAAUAUCUAUUCCUUAGACUCAAGCAGCGGUAAUACGACGUUUUCUCCAUUCAGACAGGAGCAACUGGCUUAUUUUGUUCCUAACCUGGAAGACGUGUUUGAAUCUGGUCAAAAUUCAUCUCAGAACACCUUCCUAGAUCCCUUUUUCAUUCCAGUCAUGCAUUAUGAUCCAUCUCUUUUAUUACCAAAUAGAUCUGAAGAACCUCCUGCUAAAGACAAGGAAACAAACACAACCACACCCAAGGCAGAUUUAGUUGCCCUGUCUUCAGCGUUAGCCAUUGACUGGGGAGAUAUGCCUGCACAAUAUGCUGUAAACUCAGAUUUCUUUCCUUAUAGAUCUACAAAAUAUGCAUUCCCAUAUACUGCAUCAUUACAGAAUCAUGACCCAACACCUUCUGGACCUUUAAAUACGCAAGACACUUUAGAUGAGCACAAUGACCACUUUCACGUCUCGGACAAAAGGCCAAUAAAACUGCCUACAGGGAAAGUGUACAAAAAUUCCAAGACAUUUAGGGAUUUUGGCAGCGAAACUAAAGCAUUCCAUCAAUUAAAUCAUGACCCUGGAUCAGAUGAAAUGUUUGAUAACGACUCUAAGUCGGUUACAGCAUCUGAAAAUGACAAUGAAUCGGUUAGAAUGUCUGAUAAUGACUCCACAUCAUUUGAACUAUCUGAUAACGAUCCUGUAUCAGGCGAAGUUUCUGGCAAUGUCGGUGAGUCUAGUAAAAUCCUUAGGUCAUCUGGUCAAAUAUUCCGUUCCUCUCGAUACUACAAUCAAGAUUCCAUGUCUUCUAAUCACACAAGUCCUUUUCAAAGAUUAUUCAGACAUUCAAAAGGUAAUAUCAGACCAUUUAGGUAUUUUAAUCCCACUAGUUUUGAAUCUAAAAAAAUUUUCAAAUCUAAUCACUCAUCUAGUACAUCUAACCAUUCAGGUAAUGAAUCUGCAUCACUUAAAGGAGCUUCCAGUGACCCAAAAUCCUUCAAAGGUUUGACCAUAGAUGCUGAGGGACAUAAUGUCACUGAUCAUUUGAGUCUACUGAAUUAUUCAAAUAGUAACCCACUCAAGAAUGUAUCUAAUUACUCCAAGUUACUUGAAGCUAAAGACAUUGAUACGAAAACCUUCAGUGACACUGAACAUGAACCCAGAUCAACAGAGGACUUAGAUCAUGACGAUUCCAUAAAAUUUGUGGAUUACUUCGAGUAUGAAGGCCAGCCUGGUGAGGAUGAAAAUACAACUAGCAAAGCCAUUGACCCUCACAUGGAUAUAUCUUUAGAAGCUCAGGACAAAGAGGAUACUCCAGAAUCUGCUCUUCGACAUCUCAGGGCUAUUCCACUUCAUUUGGGAAUCCCAAAGAUACCAUCCUUCUUUGCAUUCAAGUAUCUGGUUGAUGACCUCGAAGGAAAUUACUUUGGCCACCAGGAAGCUCGAGACAUCUACAGUGCCAAAGGAAAGUAUUUUGUUCUGCUUCCAGAUGGGAGGCUUCAGACUGUUAAUUACCUUGCCAAUCGAACAGGGUAUUUUCCUCAUAUUGUGUACACUCCUGGAAAGGAAUCUCAGCCAGACCUCAUUCUGGAUUUGGGAAUGUCUUUGCUCCUGGACCAACAUUUUCUCCAACUCCUCAUCCCUUGGUGGUAUCAACUGCAAUUCGUCCAUUUUCAUCAUAUGUGACGCAUCCACUACGAACUGCACCAAUUGUUACAACUCCUUUCCCACCUCUGGGAACACAUCUGUCCCCUCACAUUCCAGUCGGUAGAGAUGUGUUUCCUACCAUCAGAGAGACUCCUUUAGUUGAUAUAGAUCCUCCUGUGUUUCGAUUUUUUGACUCUCCUUUACCAGUUGUUUCACCUUUACCACCUGGCGGUCCACUCUUACCACUUUUACCGGAUGGAAAUUCCCAUAAUCCAGGAACAGAUUCAGGUCUUCCUCAUUCACUUCCUAUACCCUUGACACAAAACCCCUUACAUCAGCCAUUACUUACUAAGCCUCCUCUGCGAAAGUACCAUUUAACUACAACUCCAUCCCCAGAUCAUAAACACCCGACAUUACCUCCUCAUCAUCCAUCUUUUCAACAGAACCCCUUCCUAUCUACAGUUUCACCAUUAGAUCUGACCACUGUGACUGUGGCUCAAAACACAGAUCAUGAGGGUCCUAACACCAAGACAUCACUGCAUUCGACUACUUCUUCCCCUCAGCAACUUCAUCCUAAGCCUUUAACACAACAUCCACCUAUCAUCAUCUCAAAUUUUCCCCAUCCAACAACAACAAGUCUUCCUUCACUCCAUCCAGCAUUCGCUCCUGUGACACCCUUUAUAACUGAUGCUCUCCCAAUACCACCAGGAACACUACCUGCAAGAACUACAUACCCAACCACUCUAUCUAUCCGAGGUCUGCCAGCGCCUAAACUUGAAAAUGAACAAGUUCUUCAUUAAUCAAGAUCACUCCAAAAUCUGUCCCGCAAU